GGUCACAUGGUUGUGACAUCAUCACAGGUCCUACACCUCCGGGAUAUUCAGAGGAGAUUGUGGUCGCGCAGUCAGUAAUAAGGUGAGGUCUCCAGAACUGAAUCCAGUAGGACAUUACUGUCUAUCUGUAGAAGGACACAAGGAUGGAGGAUCACCGGCCCCUCACAUCACAAGAUGGAGUCAUUGAUAGAAAUCCACCCGAGAGGUGUCCCCGCCCUCUGCAUUCCCAGGACUGUCCAGAGGGAAAUGUCCCAGAGAAGCAUCAGGGGGGAGAUCUGACUAAUAAUAAAGUGGAGGAUGAAGAAGAGAGGAUGAGGGGCCAUCACCCAUGUAUGAGGGAAGUGAAGGAGGAACUAUCAGAAGAUUUUACCCCAGAAAAUCUCAUUACGAACUCUGAGGGAAACGUCAUGUUAUCUGUAAAUUAUAUAGGAGAAGAUGGAGAGAUCAUAAAGCGCUCCUCAGGAGAAGAUGGAGAGAUCAUGGAGCGCUCCUCAGGAGAAGAUGGAGAGAUCAUGGAGCGCUCCUCAGGAGAAGAUGUAGAGAUCAUGGAGCGCUCCCUAGGAGAAGAUGUAGAGAUCAUAGAGCGCUCCUCAGGAGAAGAUGAAGAGAUCAUGGAGCGCUCCUCAGGAGAUUUAGAGAUCAUUGAGCGCUCCUCAGGAGAAGAUGAAGAGAUCAUGGAGCGCUCCUCAGGAGAAGAUGGAGAGAUCAUGGAGCGCUCCUCAGGAGAAGAUGGAGAGAUCAUGGAGCGCUCCUCAGGAGAAGAUGGAGAGAUCAUGGAGCGCUCCUCAGGAGAAGAUGAAGAGAUCAUGGAGCGCUCCUCAGGAGAAGACCUCCUUACCCCUAAUGUCCAUUCAGAUCUAUCAUAUAAUGAUCCCCCUUCUCCUGACCAAUCACACAUGGUCACCACGAGGACAGGUCAGAAAAGGGGGGAAUUGUUUCAUUGUUACAAAUGUGGAAGACAUUUUACAAAAAAAUCUGAUCUUACUAUACACAGAAAACAACAUGCAAGAAAAAUGUCGCAUUCGUGUCCAGAAUGUGGAAAAUGUUUUGCACAUAAAUCAGGUCUUGUUAGACACGUUAGAAUUCACACAGGAGAGAAGCCGUAUUCAUGUUCAGAAUGCGGGAAAUGUUUUUAUACUAAAGACAAACUUGUGGACCAUCGGAAAAUUCACACAGGAGAGCUGCUGUUUUCGUGUGCAGAAUGUGGAAAAUCUUUUCCCUAUAAGUCAAUGCUUAUUAAACAUGAAAGAGUUCACACAGGAGAGAAGCCGUAUUCGUGUUCAGAAUGUGGAAAAUGUUUUACGCAUAAAUGGGAUCUUGUUUCACAUGAGAGAAUUCACACAGGGGAGAAGCCGUAUGUAUGUUCCGAAUGCGGGAAAUGUUUUGCCAGACCAACAAACUUGAGUACACAUAUGAAAAUUCACACUGGAGAGAAGCCAAACCCAUGUUUAGAAUGUGGAAAAUGCUUUAUAAGUAAAUCUGAUCUUGUUAAGCAUGAGAGAAUUCACACAGGAGAGAGGCCAUACUUGUGUACAGAGUGUGGAAAAUGUUUCAGAAGCAAAUCCUAUCUUGAUAAACAUGGAAUCAAUUGUAAAGCAGAAAAGCCGUUUUCAUGUUCAGACUGUGGGAAAGGUUUUACAGAACAAUCCCUUCUUGUUAAACAUGAGAGGAGUCACAUGGGAGAGAAGCCAUAUUCAUGUUCAGAAUGUGGAAAAUGCUUUAAAAAUCAAGCAAAACUUGUAAUGCAUAAGAGAAUUCACACAGGAGAGAAGCAAUAUUCAUGUUCAGAUUGUGGAAAAUGCUUUAAAAAGAAAGCAAAACUUGUAUUACAUAAGAGAAUUCACACAGGAGAGAAGCCAUUUUCAUGUUCAGAAUGCGGUAAAUGUUUUAGAGAACAAGCAAAAGUUUAUUUACAUAUGAGAGUUCACACAGGAGAGAAGCCAUAUACAUGUUCAGAAUGUGGGAAAUGUUUCGCCAAAAAAUCAAAUCUUAAUUCACAUGCGAAAAUUCACACUGGAGAGAAGCCAUACUUAUGUUCAGAAUGUGGUAAAUGUUUUGUAGAUAAACCAAGUCUUGCUAGACAUGAGAAAACUCACAAAGGAGAGACGCCUUAUUCGUGUACAGAAUGUGGGAAAAGUUUUACACGGAAAUCACGUCUUGCACUACAUGCCAGAUGUCACACAGGAGAGAAGCCCUAUUCUUGUUCAGAAUGUGGGAAAUGUUUUGCAUGCAAAUCAGCUCUUGUUAGACAUGAGAGAAGUCACCCAGGCAACAGGCCAUAUUCGUGUUCUGUAUGUGGGAAAGGUUUUUCAGAAAAAUGCUUACUUGUUAAGCAUGAGAAAAUUCACACUGGGGAGAAGUCUUUACAGGAUGUAGUUUGUAUUCCUCAGUCUUUACUGGAUGUAGUUUGUAUUCCUCAGUCUUUACUGGAUCUCCGCCCCCACAUGUACAGGUCACAUGGUUGUGACAUCAUCACAGGUCCCUACACCUCCGGGAUAUUCAGAGGAGAUUGUGGUCGCGCAGUCAGUAAUAAGGUGAGGUCUCCAGAGCUGAGCCCUGUAGGAGGUCGCUGUCUAUCUGCAGAAGGACACAAGGAUCUGUACCGGGACAUAGUCAUGGUGGAGGAUCACCGGCCCCUCACAUCACAAGAUGGAGUCAUUGAUAGAAAUCCACCCGAGAGGUGUCCCCGCCCUCUGUAUUCCCAGGACUGUCCAGAGGGAAAUGUCCUGUCUCAUCCGGGUGGAGAUCUGACUAAUAUUAAAGUGGAGGAUGAUGCAGAAGAAGAGAGGAUCGGGGGCCAUCACCCUUGUAGGGAAGUGAAAGAGGAAAUUCCAGAAGAUGAUAGCCCAGAAAAUCCCAGUGAGAACCACAAGCGAAACAUCACGUUAUCCCUGAAUUAUAAAAGAGAAGAUGGAGAGAUCAUGGAGCGCUCUUCACGAGAAGAUGGAGAGAUCAUGGAGCGCUCCUCAGGACAAGAUGGAGAGAACAUGGAGCGCCCCUCAGGACAAGAUGGAGAGAUCAUGGAGCGCUCCUCAGGACAAGAUGGAGAGAACAUGGAGCGCUCCUCAGGACAAGAUGGAGAGAUCAUGGAGCGCUCCUCAGGACAAGAUGGAGAGAUCAUGGAGCGCUCCUCAGGACAAGAUGGAGAGAACAUGGAGCGCUCCUCAGGACAAGAUGGAGAGAUCAUGGAGCGCUCCUCAGGAGAAGAUGGAGAGAUCAUGGAGCGCUUCUCAGGAGAAGAUGAAGAGAUCAUGGAGCGCUCCUCAGGACAAGAUGGAGAGAUCAUGGAGCGCUCCUCAGGAGAAGAUGGAGAGAUCAUGGAGCGCUCCUCAGGAGAAGAUGGAGAGAUCAUGGAGCGCUCCUCAGGACUAGAUGGAGAGAUCAUGGAGCGCUCCUCAGGAGAAGAUGGAGAGAUCAUGGAGCGCUCCUCAGGAGAAGACCUCCUUACCCCUAAUGUCCAUCCAGAUCUAUCCUAUAAUAAUCCCCCUGAUCAUGAGGAACCUUCUCCUGACCAACCACACAUUGUUACCACAAGGACAAAUAGGAAAGAGGGGAAAAUGUUUCAUUGUGACAAAUGUGGAAGACAUUUUACAAACAAAUCGGAUCAUCUUACACACAGAAGACACCACGCAACAAAGAGGUUGCAUUCCUGUCCAGAAUGUGGGAAAUGUUUUCCGGAUCAAUCGAAUCUUGUUAGACAUGAGAGAACUCACACAGGAGAGAAACCGUUUCCAUGUUCCGAAUGUGGGAAAAGUUUUAUCACUAAUGACAAACUCAAGGACCAUCAGAAAAUGCACACAGGAGAAAACCUGUUUACAUGUGCAGAAUGUGGCAAAUGUUUUAUAUAUAAAUCUUACCUUAUUAAACACGAGAGAGUUCACACAGGAGAGAAGCCGUAUUCGUGUUCAGAAUGUGAAAAAUGUUUUAAAAAUAAAUCAGAUCUUGUUUCACAUGAGAGAAUUCACACAGGAGAGAAGCCGUAUUCAUGUUCCGAAUGUGGGAAAUGUUUUGCAAGUAAAACAAACCUCAUUACACAUUUGAGAAUUCACACUGGAGAAAAGCGAUUUUCUUGUUCAAAAUGUGGAAAAUGUUCUACAAGUAAAGCUGAUCUUGUUAUACAUGAGAGAAUUCACACAGGAGAGAAGCCAUAUUCGUGUUCAGAAUGUGGACAAUGUUUUACAAGUAAUUCAUAUCUUGUUAUACAUAAGAGAAUUCACACAGGAGAAAAGCCGUACUUGUGUAAAGAGUGCGGAAAAUGUUUCUCAAGCAAAUCCUAUCUUACGAAACAUGUAAGAACUCACACGACAAGGAAACCAUUUUCAUGUUCAUCAUGUGGAAAGAGUUUUAUAGAACAAUCACUUCUUGCUAAACAUGAGAGAAUUCACACAGGAGAGAAGCCAUAUUCGUGUUCAGAAUGUGGAAAAUGCUUUGCACGUAAAUCACAACUUGUUUUACACCAGAGGAUUCACACAGGAGAGAAGCCAUAUUCAUGUUCAGAAUGCGGUAAAUGCUUUAGAUGUCAACCACAACUUAUUCGACAUAAGAGAAUUCACACAGGAGAGAAGCCUUAUUCAUGUUCAGAAUGUGGGAAAUGCUUUGCAGAAAAAUCUAAAGUUAUUUUACAUGAGAGAAUUCACACAGGAGAGAAGCCAUUUUCAUGUUCAGAAUGUGGGAAAUGUUUCACAAAAAAAUCAGAUCUUGCUAAACAUGAGAGAAUUCACACAGGAGAGAAGCCGUAUUCAUGUUCAGAAUGUGGGAAAUCUUUUGCACGCAAAUCAGCUCUUGUUAGACAUGAGAGAAUUCACACAGGAAAGAAGCCAUAUUUGUGUUCAGAAUGUGGGAAAUGCUUUUCAGAAAAAUCCUUUCUUCUUAAGCAUGUGAAAAUUCACACUGGGUUGUAGCCAUUUUGAUGUUCUGUAUGUGGGAAAUGUGUUUCAAGAACAUUUUGAAGUUAGUCAGAUAAUUUACAUAGGAAAAGUAAUUUGGUAAUGUAUAUUACAAAUGGUCAGACCUAAACAUAGUGUCAACAGAUACACCAUGUAAGGAUUUAUUUUUUUAAGGAAUACGGUUAGCUGUAUUUGGUGCUAAGAGUAUACAGCCGGCAGAUUUAAUUGUAUGUGUGUGUGUAUAAUACAUAUAUAUAUAGUAUAUAAAUGAUCUUCAUUCAUGCAGUAUAUAAAGAUAAAAGGUGAAUAAAAUAAAAAAUGUAAUUUUCCAUUUUGUUCUGUGGUGCUGCCCCUUUGGCCUCAUUCACACCUUUUCUUUAAUGAGUGUUUGUACGGUAAAACCAGGAGCAGGUCCGGGAUGUGGAAGACGAUUUGUAUCCCUCAGUCUUUACAGGAUGUAGUUUGUAUCCCUCAGUC